AGCUCUCUGAUGCCAACACACGCCGUAAGUGCACGUUCGAGCUGCGGAAAUAUGGCUGCUUAAAGCCAACGGUGGCCGGAAUAUAGCCCGGCGGGUGGUCGCGGGGCUUUUCCCACAACGUGACAACGAGGCGCUCCAAUGUGACUGUGUGACAGUGGAAGGGGAGGGGCGACUUGUGACUUAUGCUGGAGUCCACAGUGGGUCACCGGGCCCCGUUUUCGCCGUGCCCAAGAUAAACAGGGAACGUUUGACACGAUGUCACCACGAUCGAGUGCCACGUAGUUUUCAGCAAUUCAUUUCCAACGUGUACGAAAAAUGUAUUUUGAAACGAUUCUCUGACUUCACUUUUCAGGGUGUUGAAGUCGGAGACUCGACUCGGGGCGAGAGCGCCGCGGAUUGGAGACCCGCCGCCGUCCGGUUGACCCUCACGAGGGGUCACGGGCGACCUUCGGGGGGGUGCGCCCGUUUCCGACCGGAUUAGAAAAAGCGGCAAACGGUAACCAUGCCGACCUGACCGCCGCAGUUUGCCCUUUCGACUUUCAAAGUAGCCAAUCGCAGACGAACAAGCUUUCGCGAUUUUCUUCCAUCGCGCCGACGGGAAAGCGAUCGAAGCUUUUGCGCCUCGACUGACCUCUGGCCCGGUACUACAUAUUUGGGGGAGCCGGGGUUGAUGGCCCCCCUCCCCCUCCCCCUCCCCUUUCGCAUGGCACUACUUAGCAGAUGUCAGCUAAUAGGACUAAAAGGGUCCCGCUGUGUAGUGCGGUUGAGGGUGCAAAAGCGACCUGCAGUGCCAACGAGGCCGUGAGCAAGCUGCCCGAGUGCGGAGGACUCGGGACGAGACACUAGGUGGCGACCUGCACGCUGAAAGGGAGAAUGCGCGAGGGGGCGGGAUUACGUCGGUGAGGGCCGGCGAGUGGAGGGACGCGGCGGUGCCUUGCAGCUGGAGGAGGGAUGCGGCAGCAGCAGCGGCGGCGGCGGCGGCGGCGGAGGGGCGCUCGACGAGAUGAACGAUUAACAAUUGCUCGAUCGCAGUCGGCCGGAUUCGAAGUGCGAGUUUAGCCGCGGACGCGGUGGGGGCGGAAUGCGCUGCGCCCGCGCGCGCGCGCCAUCCGAGCCCGGAGCCUGCACGGUGAGCUGCGGCGGCUCGUAGAUGGCUCCGGGGCUCCGGGUCCAAAACAGGUGUCCGGCGGGAAGUGUCGUCAGGGUGAGGGGGAGGGGGAGCGGGAGCGGGAGCGGGAGCGGGGGGCAACCGCGUCCGAGGCCGCCAAGAUGGCAGCCAAGUCCGACGGCCGCGGGGUCGUCAGCGGCUUCGCCCAGCUGCGCGACCUGGACGAGGCGGUGGGCGCCGCGGACGAGGGCCCCGACGGCGGCAGCUCCUUCCACAUCUGCCACUGCUGCAACAGCUCGUCGUGCUACUGGGGCUGCCGCAGCGCCUGCCUGCGCUACCUGCGGGCCGGCCGCGGGCGCGGGCGCGGGCAGGCGGCGCGAUCGCCGCGCGACGAGCCGCGCCUGUGGCUGGACUGCCUGUGGAUCGUGGCGGCGCUGCUGGUCUUCUUCUGGGACGUGGGCAGCGACGUGUGGCUCGCCGCGCACUACUACCGCGGCCGGGACUUCCUGUGGUCGGCCGUGACGCUCUUCUUCGUGCUGGUGCCCUCGGUGCUGGUGCAGAUCCUCAGCUUCAGGUGGUUCGUGCAGGACUACGCGGAGGGCGCGCUGGGCUCGGUGCGGGGGCUGAGCAGCCGCCGAGCCGCCGGCCUGCGCCGGGACCGGUGCUGCCGAACGUCCGUGUGGCUCUGGCAGAGCGCGCUGCACGUCUUCCAGAUGGGACAGGUGUGGAGGUACAUCCGCACCAUGUACUUGGGCGUCCAAAGCCACCGGCAGAAGGAGAACCGGCGGCGCUUCUACUGGGCCAUGAUGUACGAGUACGCCGACGUCAACAUGCUGCGACUGCUGGAGACCUUCCUGGAGAGCGCCCCCCAGCUGGUGCUGCAGCUCUGCAUCAUGAUCCAGAGCAACAAGGCCGAGUGGCAGCAGUGUUCUUCGGUCUUGUCCUCCCUCCUGUCCUUGGCCUGGGUGCUAGCGUCCUACCACAAACUCCUGCGCGACUCCCGCGACGACAAGAAGAGCAUGAGCUACCGCGGCGCUCUGGUGCACCUCUUCUGGCGUCUCUUCACCAUCUCCUCACGGGUGCUCUCCUUUGCCCUGUUUGCCUCCGUUUUCCACAUCUACUUUGGCAUUUUCGUGGUGCUCCACUGGUGCGCCAUGGCUUUCUGGGUCAUCCACGGUGGCACCGACUUCUGCAUGUCCAAGUGGGAGGAGGUGCUGUUCAACAUGGUGGUGGGGGUGGUCUACGUCUUCUGCUGGUUCAACGUGCAGGAAGGGCGGACCCGCUUCCGAAUGGUGGUCUAUUACACCGUAGUACUGUUAGAGAACGCCACCCUAAGCGGGCUCUGGUACGCGUACCGUGACCCAGCCACCACUGACGCCUACGCCUCUUAUGCCCUCUGCGGAGUCUUCCUGUGCUUUGCCUCAGGUGUAGCCUGCAUGGUCCUCUACUACGGGGUCCUGCACCCCAAGGGCCCCCGGCUGAGGGUCCUGGCGAGCUCCUGUUGCGCUGAACUGCUUUGGGGGCUGCCGUUGCCCCCCGAGGCCGAGCCCAUGGCACCCACGCCGGGCCCGCGGGGCUCCCAAGCGACACCCACGCGGGCCACGGCGGGGGAGCACUCGGAGUCCGACGAAACCGCCGCGGACUCCUGCCUUCCGGUUUUCCAGGUGAGGUCGACGGAGCCGGUGGAUGCGUCCGGCCGACCCAUCCGACCUGAGGGUCCCCUCAUCAAAAUAGACAUGCCCAGGAAACGCUACCCAGCCUGGGACGCACACUUUGUAGAUCGGCGCCUGCGCAGGACCAUCAGUGUGCUGCAGUACGUGAGUCCUCACGCAGUGGGCAUCAGGUACAGGGAUGGCCCCCUCCUCUACGAACUCCUGCAGUACGAAUCGUCGUUCUGAAGGGCGGUCCCGCGGACGUUCUUUUGGACACUCAUCCCUCUCGUCCUCCUUCGCUCGUCGGCAGUCAGUGCGUUGUGGAUGAAAGAAGAAAGCGGUCCAAUGAGCAUCUCACUUCUUCCCCACCUCCCAGCAUGCAUCUCUGAUUCGUGCAUUGAUGUGCAGCAGCGGGGCCACACUCUGACGUCACAACUCUCUGUUACACAAUAGGAAAUAGUGCAAUUACAAGCCGGUGCUGAACAAAACUCGUCCAGUGGUGCUAACGCUGUGGGCCGCCGAGUUCACCUUUGGGGCUUUCCAAUGGGCAUCGAAUCAAGUGAGUCCAAAAACAAGACGAAGACGGAAUGCCCGACAGCUCCAGCACCUCAACCUACACACACAAUCUACCGCAAAACUCUCGAUGGUGCCAUUUUUUGGGGAUUUGCCACAGCGAUAGUCUUCACUUGCUCUUAUGUUGUUACAGCGUACAGGAGUUUUUUUUUUUUUUUUUUUUUUUAAAUCUGGGACAUUGAAAAGAGAGAUUUUGGAGCACAAACUACAGAUGGAAUUAAAAAAAAAACAAAAAAAAGUCUAUUUAAUCUAGAACGUGAUUGCUGUGUUGUAACUUCCUGUCAUCUAUAUGUCCUUUUAUCUGUGUGUAUCUAUUUCUUUUUGUUAUUAUCGUAGACUCGGCUGUGACAUUUGAUCAGAACAUGGGUUUGAUAUUGCAACGAAGCAUCUAUCUGUGGGUGUCACGUCAGUUGCUGCUAAUUUACAAAUUGUUAUGGACAAACGUUGCUUUUCUUGAUAUUCCCUCAAUUUCUAGGUUGUGUUAUAGCUUGUGGGUGUGUAUUUGAAUAACCUCUCCCUCGGCUAUAUGAUUUUUAUGGAUGCCGUAUUACAAAAAAACAAAAAAAAUGGUAGAGUGUGAGGAUUUCAUUGUGGUUGUUAAAUAUAAAACACAAGUGAAUAAUUCAUGGGGAGGAGGAGAGAAAAAAUAAGCAAAGCUGAUGUCCAGUAUUGUACCUUUUUGCCCUGUUUUAGUAGAACAAUAUGAAUAUUCUUAAUAACAUAUGGUGCUAAUGUUCAUUUUGUAUGUUUUUUUCUGUGUUGGUUUUUAGAGGAAACGACAACUAUUAUGCUGAAAAUAUGUUAAGCCUUACUGUAAAUUCAUAUAUGAGACUGUUCAUCCCAGAAGAGAAAAAUAAAUAUGGUAUUUGAAAGUGCAAUACAGCCGCAUUUGUGUGUUGACAUUUUGGAUUGUAUGUUCCAUUGUAAUUGAAAUAAAAAUCCAACUUCAAUUGUGAA